AUGGCCUUCAUUCGCCCUUACAAGCCGUCCGACUUUGAAGCGACAGGACACAUCUGCCGUGCAACGCUCCCGCCUUCCCUCCAACGCUCCGAGGCGGCGACCAGGACAGCGCCCUACCUCUGGACGCACCAGUACACGCUGCUCUCGCCCUCGACGUGCCACGUGCUCGACGACGGGCAGGGCAACGCCGUGGGCUACUGCAUCGGGUGCCCCAACGUCGAGGAGCUGGCGGCGGCCUACCCGCGCUACGUCGCCGAGGUGCUCGAGACGUCGGCCGAGCUCGCGGGGCGGCGGCCGCGGAGCCUCGAGGCCAGGGCGCCCUGGAACAAGCCCGAGACGGGCGAGGUCGACGAGGAGGCGCUGCUGCAGCAGGCCUUCAACGCGACGUGGCUGGUGCUCGACGAGGACAGGGCGGGCCUCUGGCGCGGGUGGCGGGCGACGAUGCACAUCGACCUGCUGGAGCCGUGGCAAGGCAAAGGGUGGGGGAGGAGGCUGAUUGACAGGUUCGUCGAGAGCCUGAGGGAGGCGGACCGGGCGAGGGGCGGCGGCGGCGGCGGCGGGGAGAAGCUGUACGGCAAGGGCGUGCACAUUGGCGUCGGCGGCGAGAACGACAAGGUCGUGCCGUUUUACGAGAAGCUGGGGUUCCGGGUGCAACCUACGGGGGACAAGGGGUCGUCGAUCUGGAUGACGAGGGAUCUCGAGUAG